UACUUCAGGAUGAUUAGUUUUCGAAACCUGUGGUAUAGGCCUAUUGAUGUUCCUCCAGAGAUGGGAAGCAAACUUAUUCGGGGACAUGAACUGAACUUCAUUCUCGGGAAAUCUCGAGUAUUCCCAAUCGACAUCCUGUUCUGCACAGAAAAGUUUGAAGACAUAAGCGAAAAUGAACCACUGUGGCAGAAGCAGUUGAGGAAAUUGCAGGACUCAUCACCGUCUCAUGUCGAGCUUUUAAGUGAAGUCGAAGCUCUUAGAUUCGACACUGAAGGGGUAAGGAUGGGAGCGAUCUUAGACUCAUAUUCGGUUCGCGUUUGUCUGUAG